AUGCCACGCACCGCAGCGCGUAGAUACAGGCACUUUGAGCCGGCCAACUCCUCCACCCCAAAGCUGUCUAAGAGUAGCUCAGCAGAACCCCACGCCUCCGCCGAACCGCCACAUCUCCCCGCCAACUACGCUCCACACCUCCCGACAGAGAUCCUCCUCCACAUCCUCAGCUUCAUACCACCUCGCCGUACCUCCCAAACAACCCUUGCCUCCUUCUGCCUCGUCUCCCGCGCCUGGUACGCCGCCGCCAUAACCCGUCUAUACGAAAAGCCCUCCAUCCACGGCAAGAACUUCGACCCCUUCGUACGCACAGUCUGCCCCUCCAUUAACGCCCACGUGCGCAAAUCCGAGCUCGCCGAGCUAGUAAAAGUUCUUGACCUAAGCAGCCUGGUUCACCAUGGCAGCAAAAGCGUAACAGCUCGCCUGCUCGGCCGCACAAAGGCGAAUCUACACACCUUCGUCGCGCCGCAGGCGAGCUUUGGCCUCAACUGUCUCGCCGCGCUGAGCAAGUGCCAGCAACUCCGCGUCCUGGAUCUGGGGCUUAUAUCUGAGAGUAUUGGGCUCCAGGACCUCAUACAUGCACUCGCUAAGCUGGGCACCCUUACCACCCUUGCGUUUCCGCGCUGUUCGCUGAGCCGCAGCGGCUUCUACCCACGAAGCAUAUCCUGGCCGCCGCGACUGGCGUCGUUGACGCUCAGCGGUGGAGUGGAUAACGAAAUCGUUUACAGAAUGGCCACGUUGGAUGGGUGCAAGCUCCCGCCAUCGCUGACGAAGCUGUCACUCACGCACUGCACCGCCGUCAUGGCUUCCACCGCCCUCGAGCUCAUACGCUCCCUCCGAGACCAAUUAGUCACACUUCACAUCACCGACAUGCCGCGCUUCGGCGUCGGCGACAUGAACACAGUGCUCUACGACCUCCCCAAACUCCUCCAUCUGACCGUCUCUCUGGACUACCUAGACUGUGGCGCCUUCAGAAUCACGCCGGUGUCAGCACUCGAAGUUCCGCGUAUAUACCCGCUACAAAGCCUGAGGCUAGUACUAUCGGGUAAUCCCGCGCCUCCAGAAUACGAGUGCAGCCCCGCGGACCUCGAAAUCAACAUCAACAGAGGCUUCUUCCCAUUUCUGCACGAUGUAUCCGUCGCAAAGAGCUGUGGGUGGAAUAAAGGCAGCCACGCGGAUGAGCUACUCGGUCUAGCUGAGGUGGUCGAGGAGCAGGACGCCAAGAACCGCAAAGCUCGCCGCGGUUUAUAUGCGAGUCUUUCGGACGAGGAAGUCGCGCGGAUACCGCCCGGUGGGGUUUGGGAGAUCGAGGGAUGA